GCUGCAGGUGUAUGCCACUGAUGAUGCAGGAGUAAAAGUCUGAUCAAUUGAUCGUGCCUCUUCUACAGUGCGUGGUAAAACCUAUGGUCACAGUCACCCUAGUCUAAAUUGCUGAACUGGCAGCACUUUCUAGUAAGUCUUAGAAUAAAAUAAACGUCUAUUUUUCCGAGAGACGAAAACGUUUAAUUAUAUUUUAUUUUUAUUUUAAUUACUCAUUUAUUUUUGCGAACAAUUUCAGCCAUACUGUUUUCGGGAACAUGCUGUGGAAAGUGCAACACGGAAUGUUAACAUAGAUAAACAGCAGAGCGCUUUGGUAGGUGAAGCGAACGCUAGUCGCUAACAAUUUAAAACGUAGCUAGUACAGGGCAGAAUAUGUCUGAAAGAUAUAAGGUACAAGCUAGCUCAAAACCCUGCCGAAUGCUAAAUAAUGUAUUUAUCUUACUAACACUAUAGUUGAUGAUUUGGAGAGCGCUAUGUGUCUGUGUUGUUAGCAAGCUAACGUUAAGCUAGCUAAUGUUAACUGCAGUAGAAAACGUGUGGUCAACGUUGCUGCUAGUCGCUGAAGAGAACAUACUGUAAUGUUUGCUUCUGUCAGCUUGCUACAAUGCUGACUGAUGAUGGCUUCAACUUCUACAGCUGACAUACAAGUGUGGCAUGAAGGUGACCGGUGCCUUGCUCCCAGCCCCAGAAAUGGAACCCUACAGGAGGUGACAAUCCAAAAACUCACCACCACUUCCUGUGGCAAGGUCACCGCACUGGUGAAGUUCACUGAUCAGCAUGUUGAUGAUGACGAACAAGAGGCAGUCUUUCCAGUCAUUAAACUCCAAAGACCAGACAAUAUCCAGUCAUCUGGUGGAGUGUCUGACCAUGAGAAGCCUUUCUUCGUCUACACCCGGAUAGUCCCCGGUCCAUCAGAGUCCUUGGUGUUGUCCUCAAGCGGUGUAGCAGUCCCAUACACCAUCAACAGGUACCUAAGGGGCUACCAGCGGGAAGGGAUCCAGUUUAUCUAUGACAACUAUGCCCUGUCUAGAGGAUGUAUCCUGGGCGAUGACAUGGGCCUGGGCAAGACCGUCCAGGUCAUUGGUUUCCUGGCUGCUGUUCUGGGUAAAACGGGGACAUGGGAAGAUAUUGAAAACAACAGGCCUCAGUUUCUCCUCACUUCGCCAGAGCAAAUCAAACCCCAAAAGGUGUUCCUGAUCGUGGCCCCUCUCUCGGUCCUGUAUAACUGGAAGGAUGAGCUGGAGACAUGGGGUCACUUCCGAAGUGUGGUGGUCCACGGGCUGAGAAAGGAGGAGGAGCUGGCUCGCAUCCGGAGGGGACGCACUGAGAUCGCCCUCACUACUUACGAGACCCUCCGCCUCAGUCUGGAGCAGUUUAACGGCAUUAACUGGUCCGCUGUGAUCGUGGACGAGGCCCACAAGAUCAAAAACCCCAACUCCCAGAUCACUGUGGCCAUGAAGGGGCUGAGGUGUCGGGUCAGAGUGGGCCUGACCGGCACAAUUCUGCAGAACAACCUUGAGGAACUCUGGUGUGUCAUGGACUGGGCCAACCCUCACUGCCUUGGGUCCCUGGGUAACUUCAAGAACAAGUUUUCAGACCCAAUCGAGCUGGCACAAAAGCACAGCGCGACUAAGCGUGUCCUAGCAGUGGGCAGAGGGGCUGUCCGAGCCCUGGCCCGGAAGCUUUCCCAUUGGUUCCUCCGGAGGACCAAAUCUUUAAUCAAAGAGCAGCUGCCCAAGAAAGACGACAAGGUGGUGUACUGUUCGCUGACUUCGUUCCAGGAGGCGGUGUAUCAGGAGGUGCUGGACACGGAGGAUGUCAAGCUGCUGCUGCGCUCCUCUGAGAAGUGUGACUGUCACAGCAGACGCACUCGCAGGGAGUGCUGCUACAAGGCGAAUGCUAAGGGUGUACGUGUGUCGAACCUAUACUUCACUUACCUGACCAUCCUCAGGAAAGUGGCUAACCAUGUGGCUUUGCUGCAAUCCACGGGGAACACCAGCAAAAAACAGGAGCAGUACGUGGCGGCCGUCUGUGAGAAGGUGUUCCAGAAAUUCCCAGACUUCACAGAGCGAUGCAAGCAGGAGUCCUUCGAGGCCAUGUCGGACCCAGUGUACAGCGGGAAAAUGAAGGUUCUUCAGAGGCUGUUGAAACAUUACAUGCAGAGGAAAGACAAAGUACUGUUAUUCUCCCUCUCCACUAAGCUGUUGGAUGUGCUGGAGAGUUACUGCAUGGCGGAAGGCCUGGAGUAUAGCAGGCUAGACGGCAAUACCAAGUCCAGAGAUCGGCUGAAGAUCGUCAAAGAUUUCAACAGCUGCCCUGACAUCAACCUCUGCUUGGUGUCCACCAUGGCAGGUGGUCUGGGCUUGAACUUUGUGGGAGCCAAUGUUGUGGUCCUUUUUGACCCGACGUGGAACCCUGCUAAUGACCUACAGGCUAUUGACAGGGCCUAUCGUAUAGGCCAGUGUCGGGAUGUGACGGUAUUCAGACUCAUCUCUCUGGGCACUGUGGAAGAGGUCAUUUACUUGCGCCAGGUUUACAAACAGCAGCUGCAGUGCACUGUGGUUGGGAACGAGAGUGCCCGGCGCUACUUCGAGGCGGUGCAAGGCGCCGACUGCCAGAAGGGGGAGCUGUUUGGGAUACAGAACCUCUUCAGGCUACAAACCCAGGGGACCUGCCUCACCAGAAAAAUACUGGAGCGGGAGGGGCGAGUGGAGGUGGGAGUAAUGACUGCCAACACACACACUGGGGAAGUGGAGGGGGAGACGGAGGAGGAGGAGGACAGGAGGAGGAGGGAGAGUGAGACUGGAAAGGUUUCAACUAAGGACCCCUGUGAACCAAGUAAUGGAGGGGUCAUCAGCGGUGUGGGGGCAUCAGCGACGUCCAGAGGACCCCCACGGAGGAUACUGGACUUCAGCAGUGAGGAGGACGAUGAGGGAGGCUGCAAGAGGAAGGUCGAGCCCGCGAACACCUCUGCCCCACCCGGCCGUCUCAGUCUCCUUCAGCAUGGCUUCUCCAGGCUGCUCCAGAGGUCCGGGGUCAGGGCUGGGUCAGGGGAGAGCAGUCAGAGUGAGGGGGAAGGCGGGGGCUCGGAGGAGGACGGGUUUGAAGGCACCUCUGCCAUUGGGACAGGCUCCAAAGGUUCCAGCACCGCAGGGAGUGGACGCCGCCAGACCCCUGGACUGACCUCAAACGGGGGGCGCCCCCGAGACGGAGACUGGGACACCUCAUCCGGUUCUGAGGGACAGGAGAAAAUGAAAGGAGAGAGGGGGGAUGGACAGAGGGAGCGAAAUCGUAUGCCCGUCGCCCUGUCAGAAGACGGUGAAGACGUGGGGCGAGUAAGAACAAAUAUAAAACGAGCGAAGAGGGGGGCGGAGGCAGACGCCGAUGAAGAUUCACCCUCGUCCGAGGGAAACAGUAGCCCGAUUGCUAAAAGCGUUGUUCCCAGAAGGCACCAGGACUUGUUUGACUCGGAUGAGUCUGAAGAUAUUGACAUGGACAUUGAGAGGCUGCUGAAACCCAAAGCGCUGAAGAGAUCCCCCGGUCAGUUGCGGAGGAGGGUGAAGGGGAUGGACGCCAGACUGGCCAGCAACAGACCAGUAGAUCCAAACAUGAGAGACAGACACACGGAGGACAUAGAGACGUUCACCUCCUCAGACGAAAACCACAUGCCCGUCAAAAGAGGCCGAUCUCUUCUAACACCGCAGACAGACACAUUAACUAGACUGAAAAGCCAAAAAGCCAACCGGACUAUCCCCUCUGCCAAAGAACGUCUCGGUGGAACCAUAGACACGUUUUUAGGUGGCGUGCAGGAGGUGGCGUACACCCACUCGAACCAACAUGUGGUGGGCGGAAGCAAGGCUGAGGAGAGACUCAGCAGAGCCGCUCUCAGAGAUGUGUUUGAACUCCACAAAUACUCCCAGUUUCCAGCCAAUGAGCUCGUAGGCACACAAGAGACCCAGCCUGAACUCUCCCCACCACCUCAGACCUCCCACGGCCGGGUGCAGGCAGAGCGGGAGGCGGCCCAGAAUCCCCGCGUGGACCACCCCGUCACACACGCCUCCAAGAGCGUCCACCGGCCCAGCCGGCACACCACCGUCAUCAUCGGGGAGACCCCCGGAGCCAUCCGCAGGAAGCAGCUGGAAAAUAUGGCAUGUACGUUUGGAUCCGGUUCAUUGAGACAGUUUGCUGAAGGGGUUCUGAGGAGCACUUCUGCCCAGAGACUGUCUCAGCUGCGACAGUUUUACAUAAAACAGGGCCCUGAGCUGGCCUCUGUUGUGAGAGACAACUUCCCUGAACCACACACAGCCCAGCCCAAACCUGACAGGACCGCCUCAAAACCUUUGUCCAAAGCAAAACUCAGACCCGGCUCCAAAGGGAACCAGAAAGCCGCUAUUGAACCCCAAACAGAGCCUAGAACACUGCAUAGGGCCGUUCCAGAACCCCCAAGAGAUAUUCCUUCUCUUGAGAAAAAGGAACUGGGGUUUCAGAAAGCUAGAGGCAGGAAGAAGAGGAUCGGUGAAUGUGGAACAUCCUCAGCUGCUCAGCGCUCUAGUCCAGACCCGGCCAUCAGCCCUCCGAGCCGGGGAGACUCCUCUUCAUCACCUCUCUGCCUUCACCACCAGCCCAAGUCUAAACCCCCUCCCAGCCCCCAGGCAGGACGGAGUGGUCUACCGACCUCCCACAGGAAGGGGGAGGCUGUGGAGAAACAGCGGUACACCGCCCAGGCCUCUCCUCUCCCUUCGUCAACCCCCAACCCACAGGUCCUCCUCACAGAGCUGCUCGGAGACACCUCCAUCCUGGACGACCUGCUUCGACCCAGAAGCAAGGCCUCGUCAGACACUCAGUCACGGGCCAUUUCGUCACGGGCUACAGCACCCUCUCCAUCUACUAAGACUAGGGCACCCCCCAAACUGCAAAGCGCAUCCCCAAUGCCUACCCCAGCGCCACCCGCUUCCUCUCUAGCCACCGAAAGGUCAAGAGGCAGCCGCAGAGACUUCUGGGAUAUUCUGGAAGAAGGCAAUGAGGAAAGGAUCAACCGACUGACAGACUUGUCUGAGGUGGAGAGGGUGUGUGAAACAUCCAGUGUUACAGCCAGGGCCAGAGGAGGACGCCAGGAGGAAGAGAGCACGUCACUCUGGAAGAAGAACCAGAAGUUCCUGUGGAAGAAAUGAUCCGGGGGAAGAGUGAUCGUGUUACGCAUGUAUUUGUUUUCGUAGCAAUUUUAAUGAUUAUUUUCCUUUUUAAAUGAGUGUGUUUUUUAAAACUGAGGAAUAAAACACUGACUAGGUUAUUUUAAUGAACUGUUCUGGUUCCCCUUUUCCAGUGUUAAAGGAAGGCACCCUGGGGUUAUAUGGAUGUACAGAACUCCUUUACAAAGGGAGACCGAGCGACUGUUGUUAAUGCACUGACGUGUUACCGUUGGUGACCGAUGUCAAGGAGAUAAAUGAUACAUUGUAAAACUUAAAUUACAGUUUCAAAUAAGGCUUCCCCUCUAUCUCCUCCACAGUUCAUUUCCAGGCAGACCUGAGUUUAAAGUAUUUUAUGGGUAUUUUAGUUAUGUUUACGGAUGUUUUUUUUUUAAUAUCUUAUCUCUUAAAAAUAAUUAGUUAUACUGGAAUGUAUUUACAAAAAUGUCUUAUAAUUCAUGCAUUUUCUGAAAUAUUUAAUUGCUUCCUAGAUUUGUACACAGUCCUAUUUGCUCCUAGAUCACUUAAGAACUUUAAUACUAUGAAAAAUACUAUUUAUAGGACAUUUAGUAGUUAGGGAUAGGUUUUGGGGUGGGAUUUGGUGUGUGCGUGAUGCAUUAGGACCCGUAGAUCCUUCAAGGCUGUGUGGGCAUGUCUGACGCCAAACCCUGAAUCUUGGAGUAUUUAUCCAGCUAUCCAACAGUCUACCUCAAAACCACCUUUCCUUAUGUUGUUAUUAAGCCUAAUGAGCAAUAUGUGGGUGUGCGUGUAUGUUUGUGGAGUAUGGAACGUGAAUAGUAAAGCAGACAAUUAAGACUUAUCUGCUACUCGCUUGGUUCGGCUGUAUUACAGCGGUAGUAACCCAGUCUGCCUGCCUGUGUGUGUCAUGAAUCACCACCAGCCUGACACUGUCUCAUGUCUGCCUUCUAACAUGGCUGGACCCCUGGUGGUCCUAAAAAAAAAAGACCCCCUUAAAAUUAGACACUAGCUGUUCAGGGUUUGCAAGUUUGUGGGCUCCCUCCCUUCUCAGUGCUGCUUCUAAUGGCCACAGAGUGGAAGAACCAUUAGAAAAAUAACCAUAAUCAUGUGAAGAUGACAGAGAGGCUGAGAGCUGCAGGACCCCACCCCGAUUGCCCCCUUCAUACACACACCGGUCCGUUCCAAGUGGUGCCCUUUUCCCUAAGUAGAGCUCUCGUUUUGACAGGGCCCAUCUGCACAAGUGAGUGAGGGACCAUCUGAGUCGGACUCGGAAUCAAUCCGACAGAUGAUUCCCUUCACCUUACAGGCUUGGAGAGAUACCCAUGCAGCUGGUUGACCUCGUUUGGCUGUUGGCUGAUGUAAGCUAUGCCCUGUUUGUGUUUUGUUCAGCUGAAAUGAGAAAGUGGUGAUUGCUUUCAAUAAACAAGAUAAAUACGUGCCUCAACAGAACACUCGGCAUACUUUACCGAAGGUGUGUGUACGAGUGUGUGUGCACGCACAGCCCUUCUGGGUGGUAAGAGGUUCCCAAUGCAUGUCUCCUGACAGACAGGCCACACACCUGCCACACCUGUUUAAAUUAGAAACUAGGGAGAAUAAAAGGUCUUAUCUCUCAGCUACCACCUAAACUCCAUGCCAGAACGAACAGAUUCCUAUCUACUGAUCUAGUCUGACGACGGAGUCUUCUCCGCUCCACAAUUUUGUCAACUAUUUCAUUCUGUGCCAUAUUCUGGGUAACAGUUUUAGCCAAAAAUGGACUGCUGUCUUUUCUCCCUCUCCAGUGGGUGUCUUUUCUCUGUGUGUCAGUACAGCGGGAGGAAUGUUUAGAUUCCCUGUCACAGUAACCCGUCCGACUGAUGCACCGACCAGGCCUGCUGCUUCUCCAGUUUAUUUGCAGAAGUCAUAUAGACAGACAGACUGAGCGUUUGGUUUGAUCGGUGAAAAAAAGCCUCAGGAUUUGUGGGAACCUGUUGGGUUUCUACAUAGAUGGACAGGUCUGGAGUGGAGGCAUGCGUCUCCUGUACUGGUGCCUGAAGCUUUUUAUGAGAAACCGAGAAUAUGAAAACCUUGACAGAAUAUAGUGAAGGAUGAGUGAACGGUUUUCCCUCUAUGUAGUAUUCAAUUUGUUAAAUGCCUUUUGCAUUUGGACAUAGAAAUCAUUUUAAAUAAAUAGUUUUUAGGCCAAAUGUAAAUUGUUUGAUUAAUGAUCUUACUAAAAGCAUCAUAUAUGGGAUGACCAAGAAGACAACCAGACAACAGAUUGGUGCUAUGAUGGAUAAUUUUCUCUAACUUAAGUGUAUCAACAUAGCUCCUAAAGGGCUGUAAAACUGUUUGAACAACUCCUGUAUAGCUGAGGUCAUGCUGAAUGGGAGCAACACGAAGGGUUAACUGAAGCUAGAACAUUUAUCAUAGCAUUUAAAACUUGUGAAAUAGUUUUCCCUUAUUAUUGACAGAGGUGCUUUCACUUGACACCCCUCUUCAUUUCAGGUUAGUAGGCAACAACCUUAACCCUUUCUUUCCCCAUGCUGUGGCCAUCUGCAGCCAAAACCCUUUUACUGACUAAUAAUGCUUUAUAACAUCUACACACCUACACUGCACAGCACUCAUCUUCUGUCAAUUACAUUGCCAAUAUUGAUUCUGUAAAUGUUUACAUGAUCUGUAAAUCGAUGUAUAUUUUAUAUCUAUUGCUCAUAUCCCUUGAUCUUAUAUGCACAUGUAAAGUCAGUUACAAAGAUUUGUAUACCACUAAGAGCACGUUUACCCCAAAUGAAAGCUUUAUCACUUCACCUCUUCCCUUGUCCUCCCUAAUCCUCUCCACUUAAAUUGCUUAAACAUUCCGUGGGUGUUAUUCAUGUGAACAAACUCAUACAGGCAACUAAGGGGUCUUCAAAAGGCCGUACGCAGGUUGAUUAACCGUUUACUGGAUGUCCGCUUGUUUGUGUUUUUAAGUUAAGUGGAAAUGUUGAGUAUGGUUUGAGGGCAUUAUGUUUCAUUGUUUUUGUGAGAAAUGUGAGGCUUGUGCACAUUAUGCGCGAUGAACCCUGUAUUGCUUGGCUGAGUAAACUACCUUGCUUUGGUGUCACUGUGGAUGUACUGUGUUAGUAUCCUGGUGUCAUGGGCAAAAUUGUCCUAAGAAAGAGUCAGUAAAGAGUGUGUAGCUGUAUUUUAUUUUCCUUCUUUACGGGGUUGAGGGGGUAUCCCACAGUUGUUACGGUAACGCACCAAGGAGGUGUCUGAAUAAAGAAACGUGUUACCCCCUCUCAUUUCUUGAGGAAAUUACA